AUGGCUGAACUUUCCGCCUUGUCCUCAUCGCCUCCGGCCACCUUGCCCGACACACCCACAGCUCCCUCUGGCCUUUCGCCCUCAUCCGUGGCACCUAAAUCGUCCCUCUGCAAUGACGUCAAUUUAACUGGAGACUCACCCGCUUCGCCCUUGACGUCUCCUAAGCCGAGUCUAUCGACGAUCCCUGCCGAGACCCCUUUGUGCAAUGAUCGGACAGCGGCCCCUCAGAAAGAGGAAGCAGUGGGGCCUGUUGCUCACGUGGAAGUAAAUAUACCUCAACAGGCUUCCCCUUCGCUCGAUCUCUCCCCAGGUCCUAUCCUGUACCCCAACGUGCACGUCACCCCAAAUCCUCCUCCCACAGCGGCUGAUAUCCCUGCGAUGCCCUCUGUAAUGCCUCCUGUACCCCCUGUGGAGAACAAACCUCAGCAAACUCCCAAAAGUCCCCCACCACCUGUGUCUCCCAAGCCUCAAAGUCCCAUCAAAGCACAACCACCACCUUGCACCCCACCUCCCCAGUCGGGGGUUCCCAGCCCCACGGUGCCACUUAUCCAGGAACCUGUCUCCAACCUCACCCCGCCUCCACUGACUGGACAAAGCAGCCCCACAGUGUCAAACCCCAGCCCCACGGUGCCGAUCAUCCAAGAGCCCAGCCUCCCCCCACCGGGCACUCAGCGGCCAGCCCCUGACACUCUCAGCUACCUGGAGUCUGCCAGCCUGAUGUCGGGGACGUUAGAGUCGCUGUCAGGCCUCGGGGACGACGGUAGUUCGUUGGGCUCAGACUCCGAGAUCAACGGCUUGGCAGUGAGGCGCACCGACAAAUAUGGGUUCCUGGGCGGCAACCAAUUCAGCGAGGGGAGUGACAGAGAAGUUGGAGUGGAGGUGUCCCGGCAGAGGGAGGUGAAAUGGCUGGAAAUGUUCAACCACUGGGACAAAUGGAUCAAACAUCGCUUCCAGAAGGUAAAGAUGCGCUGCCGGAAAGGCAUCCCGUCGUCACUCCGCUCCAAAGCCUGGCAGCUGCUGUCCAACAGCCAGGAAUUGCUCGACACCAACCCUGGCAAGUUUGAGGAGCUGGAGAGAGAACCGGGAGAGGCCAAGUGGUUGGACAUCAUCGAGAAGGAUCUCCACAGGCAGUUUCCCUUCCAUGAGAUGUUUGCUGCACGUGGCGGCCACGGGCAACAGGAUCUGUACCGUAUAUUGAAGGCCUACACCAUCUAUCGGCCGGAUGAAGGCUACUGCCAAGCACAGGCUCCUGUGGCUGCUGUGCUCCUAAUGCACAUGCCCGCUGAGCAAGCCUUCUGGUGCCUGGUGCAGAUAUGUGAGAAGUACCUUCCGGGCUACUACAGCGCCGGCUUAGAAGCCAUCCAGCUGGACGGUGAGAUAUUUUUCUCGCUUCUGCGCCGCACAUGUCCCAUGGCCUACAGACACCUGAAGAAGUUCAAGAUCGAUCCCAUUCUCUACAUGACCGAGUGGUUCAUGUGCAUCUUCUCACGCACGCUGCCCUGGGCCUGUGUGCUGCGCGUGUGGGACAUGUUCUUCUGCGAAGGGGUAAAGAUCGUGUUCCGCGUGGGACUGGUCCUGCUCAAGCAGAUGCUGGGCUCGGUGGACAAACUGCGGGAGGUGCAGGGCAUGUAUGAGACAAUGGAGCGGCUGCGGGGCAUCUCACCAGAAACCAUCAGGGAGGACAACCUGGUCCAGGAGGUAAUCCUUCUCCAGGUGACUGAAGCUCUCAUUGAACGUGAAUGCACCAUUCAAAUGAGGAAAUGGCGCGAGUCCCGAGGGGAGCUGACUCACCAAUCAGGCCGCCGCCUGCACGGUACCCGAGCCAUUUACGAGCAAAAACGCCGCGCCACCGCCAUCAGCUCAGGCGGCAGCUUCUCCUUCCUGGCCAGUUCCGUCCCCCCGCCGGGACCACUGAGAGCUUCGUCCUCUCUCCUCUCGCUCCCGGGCUUUCGCAAGUCCAGGACGCCGUUUCACUCACAGGCAAAGAAAGGCUCCUUCUCGGGGCCCUCCUUUUCCGAAGGCACUCGGCCUCAGUCGCCCCCUGGCGCCGCUGGCCAAAAGCCGCCUAUACCUCCCGGGGUGGCACAGAGAGCACCGCAAGUCCAGAGUCCCCUCGUGGGGGCCGGACCACGAGGCUGUCAAAACGCGCCGACCCCCAAUACUUUAUCUCCCUCCCCUAGGAUCGUCUCCGAGCAGAUUACACCCGCCAUCCCCUCACCUACCGCCAACAACGCCCCCCUGAUGCCUGGCGCCGACGUCAACAAAAAGGGGGUGUCCGAGUCCCCGCCGGCCACACCGCCGCCCGUCGUAGAGGAGGACGGCCGCAGGAAGAAAAAGAGCAAGGAGGACAAGAAGAAGGAGCGCGAGGACGAGAAGAAGAGGUUGAAGGAGAAAAAGGAAAAGGACAAGGCAGAGAAAGAGAGACUUAAAAAGGAGAAAGAGCGUCUGGAGAAGGAAAAGAAGAAGGCGGGAAAGAAGAAAGACAAAGUGGCUGUUUCACUGGGGCCGGACCAUGACAAAAAUGGGGCAGCAGCCGCGGCCAGAGAUUCCACUUCGUUGGAGCACGAAAUGAAAAAGGAAGCCCAGUAA